UCACCUGGUCAGGGGCGGCAGUCACACACAUGCUGAACACAAAGCAGACAGACAACUUCCUUCAACAGAAUAUAAAGAUGUGUUUCAAAGAGCCUCGGACAAAAUAAACCGGACAUUUUGAAGGGAUUUACUUGAUUUCUGCUUCUGUGGGAACUCGUCACAAGAGGCAGAAUGCGGGACAGGCUGGAGAGGCUGCAGGACAUCAGUGAGGAGCAGGAGGAGUGCGAGUCAGAGUUCUAUGGACAAGAGUAUGAUGUGGACAAGGUGACUCUGUCUCAGCAGGCGGUGAUUUUCGAGAACACCUCACCUAUUGACAACCUUCUGAAGGAGGCCCACGCCAUACGCAAAGAGAUCUCCUUGCUCCAGUUAGAGGUGGAGCGUCUGCGCAUACAAAACGAGCGAUUCGCCACCUCCGUGGGGCGUCUCACUCUACUCAAGAAGGACUCUGACUCCAUCGCCAGGGGGAUCCAGCAGCGUGGUCAGGCUCUGUAUGUCCGCCUGCAGGCUCUGGGUGAGAAGAGCAGCCAGCUGGAGGAGGAAGACGGUCCCAACUCCGCCGUUAGCCGCAUCGCCCGAACACAGCACGACACGCUGGCCCGGGCCUUCCAAGCCGCCAUGAGCGACUACAGCGAGGCGGAGGAGAUGCAGAGGAGCACGUGUCGGGGGAGGAUCCAGAGGCAGGCGUCCAUAUUGGGCUCUGAGAUCACUGAUGAACAGCUGGAUGAGAUGGUGGAAAAAGGUGGCGAGGGAUGGGCGGAGCUGUCCCACAGCCUGCAGACCGACGGUGCGCGCUCGUCCAGGUGGGCCAUGUGUGAGAUCAAAGGUCGGCACAAGGAGCUGGUGGAGCUGGAGUCCAGGCUGAGGGAGAUCCAUGAACUGUUCCUGGACAUGGCCAUGCUGGUGGAGGAGCAGGGCUCCAUGAUUAAUAACAUUGAACGGAACGUGCACGGCACUGAGGAGUACAUCGAAAAAAUCAACGUUCACAUCAAGAAGGCCCUAGAGUACAAGAAGAAGAAUCCUCUUCGCUGGUGUUGUCCCUGUCUACCCUGCUGGAGACACAAUCAGACUUUUUAAGGCUGAAAUUGACUUUAUGUAAUUUUAUGGAUGAUUGAGAAAUGAAUUUUUUAAAAUUUACCUGUGUAAAAGCGAAUAAAUGUUAUGCAAAGUAUUUAAUUCAUAGUAAAUAUAAUCGUUACAAGCACCCCCAUUAGCACAAUUUGGAGUUAUCAGUUGACUUGAAGUUGAUCUAUAAUAAAAAUAAAAGUUUUGUUAUUUGA